AUGCCGCGAGUAUUAGCUCGCUCAUUGAGCAUGUCUUCGCGCAUGUGCCAGGAUGACCAAGGGCGCCGUACGACGCACUUUGGUUUCCAAACUGUGGACGAGUCGCUCAAAGAAGGCCUAGUCGGCAGUGUGUUUUCGUCGGUGGCCUCGUCCUACGACAUGAUGAACGACGCGAUGUCGCUGGGUAUUCAUCGUCUUUGGAAGAACCAUUUCGUCGAGAUGCUUGACCCGCGCGGUGGCAUCAAGUGUCUGGAUGUGGCAGGUGGUACCGGUGACAUUGCGUUGCGUCUGUUAGACCAUGCCCGUACGAAGCACCUGGACCGCGAGAUGAGUGUGACUGUGCUGGAUAUCAAUCCCCACAUGCUUAUUGAGGGUCAGAAGCGUAUGAAGGAGACGAUGUACUGGAAUACGCCGCAAAUCCGAUUCCAGCUUGGUAACGCUGAGCACUUGGACCGUGUGAUGGAAGUGCCUGAGCGCAAGAACCCGCCGGCCAGCACACGCCGCAACCCUGUCCUCCCGCCGCUUGUGAGCGAGCCAGUUGAGAGCGAGUCGAUGGAUCUGUACACGAUUGCGUUUGGUAUCCGUAACUGCACGCACAUUGACCAGGUGAUUCGCGAGGCGUAUCGCGUGCUGAAGCCAGGAGGUAUUUUUGCGUGCUUGGAGUUUGGUAAGGUCUCCAUCCCGCUGCUGGCGCAGCUGUACAAGCAAUACUCUUUCAAUGUGAUCCCGCCGAUUGGCGAGUUGCUGGUGGGCGACCGGGAUUCGUACCAGUACCUGGUCGAGUCGAUUGAGCGAUUCCCGACGCAGGCCGACUUUGCUCGUAUGGUAAGUGAGGCUGGGUUCCUUCUGCCUGGCUCUGCCGAGGCGGCCUCGAUGGGCCUGCCGCGCCUGCCGAACCAGGGCGCAUGGGAAGAUCUGACGUUCGGUAUUGCCACCAUCUGGACGGGUACGUAUGACGAGGCGACUGACGCUCUUUUUCAGGGUACUAUCAAGCCCUUUGCGUAA